UUGGGGCUGGCGAGCGCGACGAAUCAGAGCAUUGCGCCGUCUGUGGGCGCUUCUGGGCCACCGGCUUCUCCGCCUUCCACCCUGGCGCCCCCAAGUCCUGGCUCCCCAUCCUCGCUGCCCAGGGCGUCGACGCCCUGCGGGCUCAGCGGGCUCAAUCUGCGCAGCGCCUCCUCCAUGUUGAGCAAACCUCUCCAGGGGCUUGCGGUGGCCCCCGUGACCCCCACACCGCCGCCAGGAGGCAAGGAUCGGGAAGCGUUCGAGGCCGAGUACCGACUUGGCCCCCUGCUGGGAAAGGGGGGCUUUGGCACAGUCUUCGCAGGACAUCGCAUCUCAGACCGGCUCCAGGUGGCCAUCAAAGUGAUCCCCCGGAAUCGCGUGCUGGGCUGGUCCACCCUGUCAGAGUCGGUCACGUGCCCACUGGAAGUAGCGCUGCUAUGGAAGGUGGGUGCAGGUGGUGGACACCCUGGUGUGAUCCGCCUGCUUGACUGGUUUGAGACCCCGGAGGGCUUCAUGCUGGUCCUGGAGCGGCCUUUGCCUGCCCAGGAUCUCUUCGACUACAUCACAGAGCAGGGCCCGCUGGGGGAAGAACGGAGCCGCUGCCUCUUCGCCCAGGUAGUGGCAGCAGUUCGGCACUGCCACACCCGGGGGGUUGUUCAUCGUGACAUCAAGGAUGAGAACAUCCUGAUAGACCUCCGCCGAGUCUCUAUCAAACUCAUUGAUUUUGGUUCUGGCGCCCUGCUUCAUGAUGAACCCUACACUGACUUUGAUGGGACGAGGGUAUACAGCCCCCCGGAGUGGAUCUCUCGUCACCAGUACCAUGCCCUCCCGGCCACUGUCUGGUCACUGGGUAUCCUUCUCUAUGACAUGGUAUGCGGGGACAUUCCCUUCGAGAGGGACCAGGAGAUUUUGGAGGCUGAGCUCCACUUCCCUGACCAUGUGUCCCCAGACUGUUGUGCCCUAAUCCGCCGGUGCCUGGACCCUAAACCUUCUGCUCGACCCUCAUUGGAGGAGAUCCUGGUGGAUCCCUGGAUGCAGACACCAGCUGAGGAUGCACCCCCUGACACCCCUAAAGGGGGUUCUGCCCCUUUGGCCUGGUCCCUGCUGCCCUAGUUGGGUUGUGUCCCAUGGUCAUGCCACAGGGAUAGAAGGACAUCUGUUGAUCUGGUUUUACAGGUCAUUAAAAAUCCAGUGUUACUAGGGUCAGAGAUUGGGGAUCAGGGGUCAGAAAACAAGCCAAGUCUGCCCAGUCCCCAUCCCAAAUCCUGUUAAGGAGCCUUCCCCCCCAGAAUUUGUGGUUUCUUAUUCUGGAGGUGGGGGGGGGGACUUCCUUGCUUCUCAUUUUACUAAGUAAUGUUUGUUUGAAGUUAAUUCCAUUCUGAGCCCCAGGAAUCUGUUACAGCCCUUACACUGGCACCUCCUGCCUGCUACACCACACAGACUUAGUUGAAAUGCUCUAACUUGGGCACAAGGGUGCUUUUGUUGGAUACCCCAGCAGCUCUUAUUUUAGUAAAGGGACUGUUUCUUCUAGCUUAGGUUAAGGUUCCAUGUUCAGUCAAGCUGUUUGCCUACCUCAGCCCAGGGUUGAUUAUUCUGGGGGAGGUAAUGCCCUAUUGUUAUUCUAGGGCUUUUUUUUUUCUUUCUUUUUAUUUUUCUUUUUUUUUGGUGAAGGGACCCUACUCUGUUAUUCCAAGUGCUCUUAUUCUGGUGAGGAGAAAACCCUCCUUCCAAGAUUUGGGAAGGAAUGGGAGAUGGACACCACCAGAGUCCACUAGGAUGGGUUGGAUGGUUUUUUUGGGGGGGAUAGGGUGGGGGAAUUAAGUCUUGUUGUUUGUUCUCCUAGGGCCUCCCCCUCCACCUUUUUUGGAUUCUUGCUGCCUCCUUCUGAGCCAGGAUUGUCCAGUUGCUGAAAUGUAAAUACUUAUGUAUUCGGAGGAAGGGAGCUCCAACUGUGUCAUCCUCUCCCUUCCCCACAUGCCUGGAUUAUUUAAAAAGCCAUGUGUGGAAACCCACUAUUUAAUAAACGUAAUAGAAUCACAA